UUGAGCAAAUUUUUUGUUGACUUUUUUCAGAUUUUCCUGUUGCUGCUUCUUAGGUCUAAGGAAAGACACUCAUUUUGUUAGUAAUGCCAGGAAGCAGGCAGUUUCCAUGGUAACCGACAGGCUGAGUUUACUGUGGAAAUUUCCGGAAUUAACAGAGCUGCAUUGCAGAAGGAUGCAUAGAGCAGUAUUCAUCUAGAGAGCUUCACAGCGUAUGCAGGGAGGAGCAGUUGCUGUGGAUCAGGAUAUGUGCAUGUUUAUUUUCUUGUCUAAGGGACAUUGGCAGUUUUGUGAGUGAGAGUGUGUGUGUGUGUGUGUGUGUGUGUGUGUGUGUAUGUGUGUUUGUGUGUGUUUGUAUGCUGAGAGUAAAACAACUUUGAGGCAUUUUGUAUAUCUGGUUCAUUAACCUGGAGCUUGCUUAAAGACAGGAAGGAAAAAGUGAUUUGGAAAGGAAGAUCUGCUUGGUAACGUGGGGAGAGAAUCAGAGAGAGACUGAGAACACACAGCAUUGAGUCAUCAGGAAAACUGAAGAUCUCCCCUGAACAACACUGGGAUUUCACUGCAGAGGACUUGAAAGACCUUGGAGAAAUUGGACGAGGAGCUUAUGGUUCUGUCAACAAAAUGGUCCACAAACCAAGUGGGCAGAUAAUGGCAGUUAAAAGAAUACGGUCAACUGUGGAUGAAAAAGAACAAAAACAACUUCUCAUGGAUUUGGAUGUAGUAAUGCGGAGUAGUGAUUGCCCAUACAUUGUUCAGUUCUAUGGUGCACUCUUCAGAGAGGGCGACUGUUGGAUCUGUAUGGAGCUCAUGUCUACCUCGUUCGAUAAGUUUUACAAAUAUGUAUAUAGUGUGUUAGAUGACGUUAUUCCGGAAGAGAUCUUAGGCAAAAUCACUUUAGCAACUGUGAAAGCACUAAACCACUUAAAAGAAAACUUGAAAAUUAUUCACAGAGAUAUCAAACCUUCCAAUAUUCUUCUGGACAGAAGUGGAAAUAUUAAGCUCUGUGAUUUCGGCAUCAGUGGACAGCUUGUGGACUCCAUUGCCAAGACAAGAGAUGCUGGGUGUAGGCCAUAUAUGGCACCUGAAAGAAUAGACCCAAGUGCGUCACGACAAGGAUAUGAUGUCCGCUCUGAUGUCUGGAGUUUGGGGAUCACAUUGUACGAGUUGGCCACAGGCCGAUUUCCUUAUCCAAAGUGGAAUAGUGUAUUUGAUCAGCUAACACAAGUGGUAAAAGGAGACCCUCCACAACUAAGUAAUUCCGAAGAAAGGGAGUUCUCUCCCAGUUUCAUCAACUUUGUCAACUUGUGCCUUACAAAGGACGAAUCCAAAAGGCCAAAGUAUAAAGAGCUUCUGAAACAUCCCUUUAUUUUGAUGUAUGAAGAACGUACUGUAGAGGUCGCAUGCUAUGUUUGUAAAAUCCUGGAUCAGAUGCCAGCUACUCCCAGCUCUCCCAUGUAUGUCGACUGAUACCGCUGCUACAUCAGACUUUAGAAAAAAGGGCUGAGAGGAAGCAAGACGUAAAGAGUUUUCAUCCUGUAUCACAGUGUUUUUAUUGCUCGCCCAGACACCAUGUGCAAUAAGAUUGGUGUUCGUUUCCAUCAUGUCUGUAUACUUCUGUCACCUAGAAUAUGCAUCCCUGUAAUUCCUGACUGAUCACAGUGUUAGUGCUGGUCAGAGACCUCAUCCUGCUCUUUUGUGAUGAACAUACUCAUGACGUGUGGAAGUCAGUACGAUCAAAUUGUUGACUGUGAUUAGAUCACACCUUAAAUUCAUUUCUAGACUCAAAACCUGGAGACGCAGCUACUGGAAUUGUGUUUCGUCAGACUUCCAAUGCCUGGAAGGACACAGUGGUGGAUGUACUGUCUGAACAUAGAGACUUGGGCUUGAGUGAGAAGAGCUUGCACAGCCAGUGAGACACAUUGCCUUCUGGAGCUGGGAGACAAAGGAGGGAUUUCCUUUUUUUCACCAAGUGCAAUAGAUUUCCUGAUCUGAUAUUCUGUUGCUUUACAGUCACAGUUGAUGUUUGGGGAUCAAUGUGCUCAGCCAAAUUUCCUGUUCAAAAUAAUCAUGUUAAAUUAGAAUGAAUCUAUCUUUACCAAAAACCUUGUUGCUUUCAGAGAGGUGAACAUUAAAAUACUGAGACGGGACAGAAUGUGUUCUUUGUCCUUUUCCAGCCCUGCUCUUCACUGGGAAGGUACAGGAGACUGCCACUUGUCAUAGAAGGGUGCUGCCAACUUGAUGCUCUGCCUGCCACCGACUGCCAGGACUGAACGAAGGAAGCAGUACUGAGGGCAAAGUUUACAAAUGUUUUUGAUUCUGGAGUCUUCUCCAGAACAGUGUGUAGCAGCUAUAGAUUUUCCCUUGGCCCCAAGCCUGGUACUUGAGCCAUUAUAACUCACUAACAGGGAGAAGUAGCUAGUAGCAAUGUGCCUUGAUGAUUAGAUGAAGAUUUCUGAAGGCAGCAAAACACCAAAUCACAAUUCUCUGCUUCUUGCCAGCAUGGGCCAGGUCUUCAGUUUCUAAUUCUUUCCCUUCCCCAUAAUCUGUUGUCACCACAGGACUUUUGCUCAAUCCAGUAUUUCCCCUUGUUUUUUACAUUUGGAACCCUAACAUAACCAGGGAUGCUACUUACCGAGGACUUGUAGCCCUGCAUCUCUCCUGUGCUCUAACGUUUGAAAAGCUGAGACAGCCGGCCUCAGUUGAUAUGGUAGGUAAGAAAGAGGCAGUCUGUUGGAGAGGCACUUUGAGCGGAAUGAAGAUCUGAAAUGGCAGCCUUUCAGAUAGGUGUGUCACCUGUUGGGGCCUCUACCAGUUCAUUGUCUCCCUUGGAUGUGAAAUUUUUCCCAUCUCCGCUCCCCCCGCCCGCCCCCCCCCCAGGUAAAACAUAAAGUAAGCCGCUUUAUCUCAUGUGCUGCUCGUCCUCACUUACCCUCUAGCCAGGCACUGAGCAUCAGGUUUUGCAUAGCAGUUAGCCAGCACUAGAAGGUGCCCUGAGACGCAGGUGAUGCCCUUACAGAAUCAAGCCCUGGUAGGUACUGCCGCGUCUCCCAGAGUGGCACUCAUCAAUAUAUAAAACAAUAAAGGGAGAAUGGUGCUGUUCAAAGUUACAUCCCUAUUCAUUGCAGAAUUUUAAAAUGGUUUAUCUCUUGGUCCACUUGCCUAAUUUCUCCAUUUUCUACCCCUGGCCCCCUAACCCUUAGGUUCUCUUGAGUUUCACUAGGAGACAUUACUGGAUGUCUUCCUUAAGCUGUACCAAGCCAUCGUCCUCCAUUGCUCCCAGGACUCAAGAGGAAUUUGUUUCUCUGCUGUCAGCUUCUGUCUGGCUUAGUAUAGCCUCACUCUGCCAUUAUGCAAAUGGAGAUCAAAGCAAUUCUGACUGUCCAGGAGCUAUCUCACUUUCUGCUGUGUGGGUGACCACAUAAAAAAAAGGCAAUUUUAGUGUAUUAAUCAUAGAUUAUUAUAAACUAUAAACUUAAGGGCAAGGAGUUUAUUACAAUGUAUCUUUAUUAAAACAAAAGGGUGUAUAGUGUUCACAAACUGUGAAAAUAGUGUAAGAACUGUACAUUGUGAGCUCUGGUUAUUUUUCUCUUGUACCAUAUGAAAGUAUAUAAAAAAUAUCAAAAAAGCUGAUGUGCAGGGAUUUUGCCUUAUUUGUCUGUAAAAAUGUAGCUCAGUAACAUAACUGCUUCUUGGAGCUUUGGAAUAUUUUAUCCUGUAUUGUUUGAAUCCCUCCUCUAUUUAAGACAUAGCCAUGGAAUCCACAUGUUUAUGGAAUAGUCUACCUUUUGCCUGCAGGUCAGUUGUAAUAAAUCUAGGAUGUGAUGAUGA